AUGUCACCCGGGCUGCCAACGGAACUCAUCCUUCAAAUCGCAUGCUAUCUUGAGCCUCUGGAUCAAAUAUCUUUAUUGCAGGUAUUUCCAACAAUUGCUGGCCUUUUCAACUACCACCAGCUCGCUAGCACGGACGAGGAUGGGAACACUAUUCUACACCUCCAGGCUCGAGUGAACAUCUACUCCGAGGACUCUACACCUCCUGGUGCUGGCAUUCCUUUUUUCCCAUCUAUUCUAGACUGCAGCGAAGGCGACAUCCUCCAUGCCCAGAAUCAAGACGGUGCGACUCCCUUGAUGUGCGCGUCCUUUGCGGGUAACAUCCCCUUUAUGCGGCUACUUUUGACAAAGGAUCCCCAUGGCCUCAAUCUGGUUGAUAAAUGUGGGUCAACGCCGCUGUGGUACGCGGUGCGUGCCAACAAUGCGCCUGCGAUUGCGUUAUUGCUCGAACAGCCGUCAAUCGAUGUCAAUCACCCACUGACGGAGGGUGAGGGCCGGCACGCAUAUCAAAUAACUCCGCUGUUGCAUGCUCUAUGGGGCGGGCGGGGGAAAUACGAUGUUAUCUCGCUUCUUAUCAAGCACCCGGAGACCGACCUCACCUUCCCGGACCAAAUCGGCCAGACUGCCAUUCACCUGGCCAUUAGCGAAGGUCGAGAGGAUCUCGUUCAAGAUCUGCUAGAAUGCGGUCGCCUCGAUGUCAAUGCCGCCUGGGGCAACGGCUGGACUCCCUUACACGCCGCCGCCGCAGGUUAUAAGGAUACUAAAUUCGUGAAGCUCCUACUAGCACAGGAUGGCAUUGAUGUCAACCGGCCCACAAACAGCGGGGAAACUCCGCUAAUGACAACCCAAUCCGCCCGGUGCAUGAAAGCCCUGCUUGCACAUCCUGGUAUCAAGAUUAAUCGUGUUGAUGACUUUGGUUGGACGGCGCUGGGCUAUACCGCAUACCGCGGCGGCCGCCGGGCACUGGACUGUGCACAUGUCCUUCUACGGCAUGGAGCGCGCCCUGAUCUCGUGGACCUGGACGGCUACACCCCGAGAGAUAGAGCAGAGCAGGCCAAGCACUGGGAGAUGGUGAAGCUAUUGGAGGAUGCCCUCGGCCAGAAGUGAACUUUGAGCUCAUGUUGCUUUCUACCAUUUUUAUUCCGUAUUACCGCUCCAACCAAAACAGACCUGUUUUUCUAUCGCUCCUCUGUAAACAGGCAGAGAUUUUCCCCCUUUAAUCUUUAGGACUCUUGGAAGUGGCGACUUAUCCCACUGAAUGGCCGGGGUAUGACCACCCAUUGCCCUCGUGCGAGUCGAGCCCUUCUGUU